AUGGAGCAAAAUACGGCCAGCUCAAAGCCAGACACUCUCACAAACAUGGAAGAUGGAUCCAUUGCAAUCGUGGGCAUGGCAUGCCGCUUUGCCAACGUGUCUUCUCCAACCCAGUUUUGGGAUAUGAUUGAGAAGGGGCGAAGCGGUCAUGGUAGAAUACCCGAGCGGUGUUUUGAUGCUGACGCUUGGUAUCACCCGUCGAGAGCUCGGCGAGGCGCGUUACUGACGUUUGUUUACAUUUUAGGUUAUUACAAAAUCAGGAUUCUUGAUGACGUCUCACAUUUUGAUGCCCCCUUUUUCUCAAUUACGGCAAGCGAAGCAGCUGCAAUGGAUCCUAUGCAGCGGCUCGGGCUGGAAGUGGCCUACGAGACUUUUGAAAAUGCGGGUAUCACAAUGAAAAAGCUCUCAGGGAGCAGGACUGCCGUUUACAGCGGCGUCAUGACAGCUGAUUACCAAGAAAUCGCCGAGGGCGACUUGUUUCGCCUGGGCGACCAUCCUGGUAGUGGAACAGCCAAAUCAAUCUUGGCCAACCGCAUAUCAUGGUUUUUUGAUCUCCGAGGCCCUAGCCUAUCGUUGGACACGGCCUGCUCUUCCGCGCUCUACAGUUUACAUCUUGCCUGCCAGGCCGUUCAAGCUGGAGAAUGUGACCAGGCAUUAGUAACGGGCACGAAUCUCAUCCUGCAUCCUAACCUUAUGGCACAGUUUACUGCAAUGCACAUGAUCACCCCUGACAGAAUUAGCCACACUUUUGACGAGUCGGCUAAUGGAUACGGCAGGGGUGAAGGAGUUGCAGCUGUGAUUGUGAAGCCACUCAAGGAUGCUAUCAGGGAUGGAGAUGUGGUUCGGGCUGUCAUUCGGGCCACAGGUGCAAACUUUGAUGGAAAGACCACCGGAAUGACAGUUCCGAGUGGAGAUGCCCAAGCUGAAUUGAUUCGUGAGACGUACAAGAAAGCUGGAAUAUCCAUGAAUGACACUUGUUACUUCGAGGCGCACGGCACUGGAACGCCACUAGGUGAUCCUAUUGAAAUGCAAGCUAUUGCCAAAACCAUUGGCUCCGCACGGAAAUGUGCGAAUAAUGGACCUCUCUAUGUCGGCAGUGUCAAGCCCAACGUCGGCCAUACGGGGGGUGCAGCUGGUCUGGCUGGCCUCAUUAAGGCGGUGUUGUGUCUAGAAGCUGGUGUAAUACCGGCUGUGACUCGAUUGAAAAAACUGAACCCCAAACUGCUCUUGGACGACUGGAAUAUAACUGCGCCGAUGGAGAAUGUAUCGUGGCCCCAGGCAGGUAUUCGCCGAGCCAGCGUAAAUUCAUUCGGCUUUGGUGGCGCAAAUGCUCAUGUAAUUCUUGAUGAUGCUUUGCAUUAUCUUUCAUCGCGUGGCAUUCAGGGACGUCAUAUCACGCAUACAAUCCCGCUUCUGGCUGACUCGUCCAUCAACAAUGAUCUGGAAGGUGGAUCAUCAUCAUCAUCUGCAACGUCAUGCUCAGAUUCAUCAUCUUCUUGCUCUGAUUGCGAAGAUAGUCCCGCUAGCAUUGGAGAUGACACUGCCAGCGAACGUGCCCAGGAUGUAGAGCAUCAAGAUCAUCUGUUUGUUUUCUCAGCUCAAGACCAAGGCAGCUUGAGCAGAGUUGCCUCAGGCUAUGCCGAAUUUCUUAAAGAUGAACCGUACAAAGAUGACAUUGUUGCAAUGCAGUCAUUGAGUCAUAUUCUCUCGGAAAAGCGGACCAAACUGGAUUUUCGAAGCUUCGUUGUCGCACACAGCUUGGCCGAUCUGAGUGCCUCCCUCGAGGCAAACCAACUUCCCCGCGAGCGAUCAUCUCCAAAGGACAAGGCCAUCUUCGUUUUCACUGGUCAAGGUGCUCAGAGGUCUGGCAUGGCUCGUGAAUUGCUCUCCGAUCCAGUCUUUAGCGAGAGCAUCCGGCUCAGCCAGAAAGUUGUAAUUGCUUGCGGCGGUGAUUGGGACAUAGAACAUAUGCUUACAACGGGGACGGCACAAGAGCUAGGAAACCCAUUGUACUCACAACCCCUGUGCACAGCUAUACAGAUUGGCUUGGUGGAUAUGCUUUCUUCGUGGAAUGUACAGCCAGCUGCUGUCAUUGGACAUUCAUCUGGCGAAAUAGCUGCCGCUUAUUCUUCAGGUGUUCUAUCUCAUGAAGAUGCCAUGUACGUGGCCUACUACCGUGGCACACUCUCAAGUGUCGUAUCAUCAAGAGCAGGAAUCCAAGGCAGCAUGCUGGCCGCAGGAAUUUCCGAAUCUGAGGCCGCCAAAUAUGUCAUUGACAAGGCCUCAGUGACAAUAGCUUGCAUUAAUAACGAGAGAUUGAGGCCGAUGCGAGUGCCUAUGUUCUCUUCUAUGACGGAGGAGCGUAUUGAAAGCUGUAGACUGGGAGGUUCAUAUUGGAUGGAGAACAUGCUGAGUCCCGUCCGAUUUGCUGGAGCGAUGCGUAACCUUGUAACUGGCACAGAUAUCGACGGCGAGGAACCGCUAGAUACGGAAUACAGCGCAAUUAUUGAGAUAGGGCCUUCCAAAACGCUCCAAGGCCCGAUCAAGCAAAUCCUCACUGCUGUCAGCCCCCGGCUAGCCAAAAAGCUGCCUUAUCGCUCCAUGCUGGUGGCUGGGAGCCAUGCGCGCAAGACUUCACUCGAGGCUGCGGGAUUUCUUUGGUCCACGGGACAUUCAAUUGACUUGGGAAAGGUCAAUAGAAUCUCAGCAGCAUCCGAAUUAGACCUAUGCAUGCUUCCCCGCCUCCCGAUGUAUCCUUGGAACCACGAGAAUAGCUUCUGGCACGAGCACCUAGCCAGUAAUGCGGUCCGUCUCCGAAAAGAACCCAGAACGGAUUUUUUAGGAAUGCCAGUUGAUGGCCAGAAUCCCUUUGAGCCUAGGUGGCGCAACCUUCUCAGCGUGACAGAGAAUCCAUGGCUAGGGCAUCAUCGUGUGGCUUCGGCUUGUUUGUUCCCUGCUGCUGGAUACCUUGUCAUGGCGGUUGAGGCUGUGUUGAAAUUGGCGGCCAAAGAUGUGCAAAAAGGUCGAGUGCUCAGAGGUGUUGAAAUUACGGAUGUGACGUUUGAGACGGGGCUUGCUCUGUCUGAAGAUGGGUCAGCUACUGGCGUUUCUAUAACUCUCAAACCGCGUGCGGCUAUGGACGCAACGUAUGAUUUCAGCAUUUAUUCAGACUCUUUUGACCAGCCUGUACGUCGCCUUGUCGUUGGAUCAAUUGCUGCUACGUAUGAGGGCCUGCGUAAACAUGGAGACGACGGGUUUGAAAUUGAGGCACAACAGCAGGAGUGGGAGGCGGCAAAAGCCAAGCUACAAGAAACACAAAGCUCAGCCAUACACACUGGUGAUGUUAAGGCAUUCUAUGCCAAACUGGCAUCUGUCGGACUGGAAUACGGCCCAACUUUCCAAGCCUUAGAGCGCAUUGAUACUGUUUCCCCACUUGAGAAUGAAGCCUUGUUUGGUGGCACUGCCUGCGGCACUCUCACGGUACCGGAUACUAAGGCAAUUAUGCCCAUGGAAUACGAAUUCCCACAUCUCUUGCAUCCUGCAACGCUUGAUUCUGCGUUCCAUCUGGCCUUUACUGCGCUCCAGACCCGGGAGGAUAUGCUGCGCCCAGCAGUACCAGUCUCCAUUCAGCGUUGUUUUAUCUCAGCUGAUCUACCUUCGGAUCCAGGUUCCAAGUUCUUUGGUAUGGCCUCAAUCAAACGCAUAGGGAAAACGGCGCUUGUGACAGACAUCUUCUUCGCUGAUGCAGAGGUUAAUGGUCCGCAGAUUGUCAUUGAGUCGAUGGGCCUGAGUGAUGUGGGAGAGGUAUCAACCCAAGAUGCUGGAUAUGGCACAGCAAACCUAGCUGGGAGCAAUCGGCGGGCGGCUGAUGUGGUCUGGAAAGAGGAUGUUACAUUGAUGCAAUUACCUUCCGACACCAAUUUACUGGAUAACGAAUCGCCUCUCUCCUCAUGGCUCGAAUGCUUCUUACAUAAGUAUUCCAACGCGAAUAUCUUAUUUGCUGGAGCUGAAAGGUCUAUGCCGCUCCUGGAAACUCUCAAAGGUACGGUUGCAUCCCACCAGAGAGCCGGUGGUCAAGGUAAACUGUUUUCAUGUUCGUUGCCUCCAUCACUACAGUCGGAUGCAAGUGAGGAGCACAACGCAACGCCAACAUACAUGCAAAGGAUUUUGGCAAAUGGUCCUUACAACGCACUUAUACUGAGUGAUCACGGAGACCAGACAAUCAAUUUCUUUUUGCAGUCAAUGUCUCGCGUUCUUAACCCUGGUGGUCAAAUAAUAAGGCGCGAUGAUAUUAGCGGCUGCUUGCGCAUCGAGAAUGCGAAUGAGAGGUCGAUAUCAGUGUCGUUGAAUGCAUUAAUACCGGAGGGGGUGACCAUUCUCGAGCGCACUGUCAAUCACCAGAAUCCGGAAGCUCUGCGACUACGCGAGGCUUUGACUGAUAUCCUAGGACAAGCUGGAAUCUCGCUAACUGUCAAAUGCAUGGAUCAAAUUCCCAUUCAUACCAACAAUUCGUACAUCAUCUCGCUGGUAGAAUAUGGCCAAGGCCUUGUCUGCGAUUGGGGCGAAGAGGAAUUGGUACAAUUCCAGAAUUUGGUGGCCAGUGCGCGCUAUGUGCUUUGGUUAACCACAGGCGGCUUGAUGGCUCCUAAUGAGGAUGGGUUGAAGUACAGCCUGACACAAGGGUUGCUGCGUACGGUUCGCGCGGAGUAUCCUCAGUUGGUGCUACCACACCUAGACAUAUCGCCAGACAGUACAAGGCUUUAUGAAGAAGUGGCGUCUAUCACGGCCAAGAUUCUUGCUGCGACAUUGUCUGGUGCUGAUCCUACUGUCGUUGUGGAGGCUGAGUAUGCUGAGCUGAAUUGCAAAAUCUUCAUUCCUCGCCUCGUUCGCGACGUGGCUAUGGACGCCGAAAUCGAAUUGCUGUCGUCCAAUUCCACAACGAUUGAAAUCCAGUUGAAUGACUGCCGCCAACCCUUAAGAUUGUCCACGGCAACAGGGUCUGUACAGUGGAGGCCAUGCGAGCCAUACAGCUCCAUAGGCGCUGGCGAGGUCCUUGUGGAAACUAGAUAUGUUCCUGGAUCGACUUCGAAGAUGGCUCCCAUGCCAUGGACCAUUGUCGGUGUCGUCCGCGAGGUAGGGGACUGCGUGUCUCAAUAUCGCGUGGGUGAUUUUGUUAUACCCCUCGACAUCUCCGGCGAUCUUGAUGUGAAAACUAGCUUCCUUAUCAAUGCUUCCGAUAUUCUGAGAGUGCCCAAAAAUAUCUCAGCUACACAAUUGGCAUAUUGGAUAACGCCAUUUAUUGUGGCGCACCGUGUCCUUAUUAAUCAGCAGCAAUCAAGUUCGUCAACUUCCUACGGAGCGCUGUCUGAUGCUAAGAUAUUCACUCAUCUUGCUUCCGAUCUGAGCAUGAAACUACAGCCAAAUUAUACGCCGCCAGAAAGUGCAGGCAACUCACCUCCCCGGAGUUCAACGCCAGAAUUAAGAGAGAGGCAACAGGCCGAUGCUGGAGGAACUGAUGAAAAUGAGCUCUCUGGUUGUACUGUCCUGCAUCAGAUGACGCGUUCAUGCAGCAGGAUGAUGCGAAACAAAAAUGGUGCUUCUGGUAUCCACCUAGUAUUGUCGUCGCUUCAGGACCCGAAGAGCGUUCCACAUUUGAUGGCCAGUCUCGCGCCAGGUGGUCGCUUCGUGGCUUUCAACACUUCAACUGACCGUGAGAGUAGCUUGAGAACAGCUACCCCCCGCUUCGAUGUCACUUUAGAGCGUCUCGAUACUGCAAAUAUGGAUAUAUCCAACAUGCAGAUUUCUAUCAGUGCCGUAUUCACAUUAUUCUCUACCAAGACUUUGAUACUACCGCCACUGCCACCAUCCAGCCAGAAGUCCAUAUCGGAGAUGGAUCGGUGUUUUGAUCAAUUAGGCCGCAAUCGCCCGAUGAUUUUCUCACUAGGACCUCAUUCAUUCGUCCCAAUGACUGUUUCUGGACUUUCCGCACUACAGCAGAGCAGGCUAGAUCCCACUGGUACCUACAUCAUCUCUGGUGGAAUGGGCGCAUUGGGCCUCGAGAUGGCAGGGUGGUUAUGUGAACAAGGGGCCCGCCACAUCAUACUUCUAUCUCGAUCUGGGAAACCAACCGAAUCUGCCGUCUCUAAAAUCCUUCGUCUGUCCGAACAGGGUUGUCGGUGUGAUGUGAUACGCUGUGACAUUAUCUCAGCUGUUGACGUAGACUACGUGGCAUGUAAAGCCGUAGAGGAGAAUUGGCGCAUCCGAGGCAUUAUCCAAGCUGCUAUGGUGCUUGCUGAUUCUCCUUUUGAGUCUAUGACAGCUAGACAAUGGACUACGGCUACAGCCCCUAAAGUUCAAGGUUCCUGGAACUUGCACCAUGGUUUAGGGUGCCAUGAAGAUUUGGAUUUCUUCAUCUUGUUGUCAUCCAUUUCUGGAAUCAUCGGAAAUAGCGCUCAGGCAAACUACAGCGCCGGCAAUACGUUUGAAGAUGCACUAGCUGCACACAGACGGCGCCGGGGUCUUCCUGCUGUUAGUUUGAAUCUUGGUCUUGUGGAUAUCGACACAGACAAUGUCGGUUCGGUUGAUGAGUUUGUCAAGAAAUUCCCGCAUCUUGCAUCCGUUCUGGUGGGCAAGAAGGAAGUUAGAGCUGCAUUGCAGCUUGCUACACGCGGAACCGGCUUGAAUGGGGCGCAAAUACCCAGCCAAGUGGUAAACUACGAGAAGGCCAUCAAGAGUGCUAAAACAAUUGAAGAAGCAAGAUCAAUCGUCGAGGAUGCGUUGCGCAUCCAUGUUGCUGCGGCUAUGUCAUCUGAUGCAUCCAACAUUGACGUGGAUAAACCGGUGACAGCUUACGGAAUCGAUUCACUUAAAGCUACAGAAGUGCGAAACUGGUUCCUGAAGGAGUUCAGUAGCCGCUUGUCUAUAUUUGAGAUUCUCAGCCCAAUACCUAUCUCACGAUUAGCCCUUAGUAUUUUAAAGAACUCUACUUACAGCAGUCCUACGGCUAAAUAA